GAGAUGCCGGGGGACGUCGCGACCUCGCCGGCCACGGCGGCCGUGGUGCCGCCGAUGCCGGCCGCGUCCUCCUCGCACCACUCCUCCACCUCCGCCCGCAGCGCCCUCGCCCACGCCGCCGCGGGCGCCUCCGCCGGUGUGAUAGCGGCGACCUUCGUGUGCCCGCUCGACGUGAUCAAGACGAGGUUCCAGGUGCACGGAUGGCCCAAGCUCGCCCCUGGCACGGCCGGAGGUAGUGUCAUUAUUGGGAGCUUAGAACAGAUUGCUAGGCGGGAAGGUUUACGGGGAUUGUAUCGCGGUCUCUCCCCGACUGUUCUGGCGCUUUUGCCUAACUGGGCAGUCUACUUUACUGUAUAUGAGCAGCUUAAAACUUCGCUUUCUUCCAGCGAAGGAAACCAUCAACUCUCGCUAGGAGCAAAUGUGAUUGCUGCAUCAUGUGCUGGAGCUGCAACUACAACAGCAACAAAUCCACUUUGGGUUGUCAAGACAAGAUUUCAGACCCAAGGAAUAAGAGCUGGUGCGGCCAUCCCAUAUAAAGGUACAAUUGCUGCACUGACAAGAAUAGCACAUGAGGAAGGCAUCCGUGGGCUAUACAGUGGACUCGUCCCUGCCUUGGCUGGUAUCACUCAUGUUGCCAUUCAGUUCCCUGCAUAUGAGAAGAUAAAAGCUUACCUAGCUGAGCGAGAUAAUACUACCGUUGAAGCAUUAAGUUUUGGUGAUGUUGCUGUUGCUUCCUCUGUGGCGAAAUUAGCUGCAUCAACGUUAACAUAUCCUCAUGAGGUUGUUCGAUCAAGGUUGCAAGAUCAGGGAGCACACUCUGAGGCGAGAUACCGAGGGGUAAUAGACUGCGUUAGAAAGGUUUAUCAUGGAGAGGGUCUAGCUGGGUUCUACCGUGGAUGCGCUACAAACUUGUUGCGGACAACUCCUGCUGCAGUUAUAACAUUCACCAGUUUCGAGAUGAUUCACAGGUUCCUUCUCGAUCUAUGCCCUCCUGAGCCUGAACAGCAUCCCCAGCCACUGAAGCAUUGACUGUACCAUUCAUGUGUCCUAUCCCUGCUGUAAUCUGACAACUAGAAAUCAUAAGUAUGCAGCGGCGCCAUUUACCUUGAGGGGCUCUCAUAACAGAGAUUUUGGUAUCGCAACAAGUAGCUGCCAUUCAAAGCACAAACCAUAGUGUAGGACAGGAAUUAGCACUUGUGUAUGAAUUAGUCUUGAUAGCACGCAGUGUGGUGGUAUACAGGGUGUGGGGGAACAUUGAUAUUGGUCGGUUUGUUUGUCUGAUGAUGAUGAUGAAAAGAGAAAGGGAUUUUACAGUA